AUAUAACGAUAAAACUUUGUUUCAAUAUUAGAAACAUUGUAAUUUCACUGAAAAUUAUUUCGAAAAAUAUUGUCGGAGAGAGGUUAUGAUCUUACUUCUACGAAUUUUAUUCGAUUGCUUACAAAAUGUACACAAAUUAUUUUAUGUAAUAGUAGAUAACAAUUUGUAUGACUUCAGUGAAUAAUAUUUCGAAACAUGUCUAACAGCAAAGAAGAAAAACAGUAUGGUUUAAUUUUACCUAAAAAGCAACAACGUAUUGCCCCAAAGGUAAGCAACAUAUUUGGCGAUAAUAAUGAUUCGGAUGAGGAAGAUGGUACAGAUUGGGUUAAAAAGGCUCUUCAGGCAGAGGGAGAAAAAAAUAAAAUAAAAAGGCAAGUAAGAUUAAAUAUGCAAAAGGCUUUAAAGGAAGACCCAACAAUAUUUCAAUAUGAUGAAGUAUAUGAUGACAUGGAAAGGACAAAAGAUCAGUCCAAAACUGCAAAAGAUGAAAAAAAGAAACCAAGGUAUAUUCAAAAUCUUUUAAAAGCUGCAGAGCGAAGAAAAAAAGAACAGGAAUAUAGAAUAGAAAGAAUGGUUCAGAAAGAACGUGAAGCAGAGGGAGAAAUGUAUGCAGACAAAGAAAGUUUUGUUACUUCUGCUUAUAGAGCAAAAUUAGAAGAAUUUAAGAAAAUGGAAGAAGAGGAAAAUAAAAUGGAUAAAUUAGAAGCUAUUGCAGAUGUUAAAAAGCAACAAGAUAUUUCAGGAUUUUAUAGACAUUUGUAUGAACAGACUGUUGUUCAAUCUUCAGAGGAAUCUGGAGUUAAGAAUGAUACUAAUGAUAAUAAAACUAAUUUAGAUAACAAUUUAGAGGAUAUGAAUAAAGAAAUAAAUAUCAAUCACAACAAAGAUCAGGUAAAAAAUAAAGAAAUAAAAAAGAAUAGACAAUAUAGGCAAAGAAAAAUAGAAGAAGAUAGUGAUACAGAUACUGAAAUUCAACAGAAAAUGGAAAAUAAAGUAAAAACUCCUGUACCUGAAAAACGUAAAAAUGUUGAAAGGGAAUCUGAAAGAAUAGAGGAACCUGAUGUUAAAAAACAAAAACAACAAACUGAAAGUGCUAAACUUGAAAAAAGUUGUAAUGAGACCAAAAUAGAAAAUCCCAUAAAUUCAAAGGAUGUGGAAAAAAUAUUAGAAAAUAGUAAAAAUGAUGAAAUUGAAAAAAUAAGUAUUAGUGCAAAAGAAAAAAUAGAAGCAGAGAAAAGAGAGAGAUCUAAGAUUUGGGAAAAAAGAACAGUUGGGCCUGUAUUUGAAGCAGCAUUGCAAAGAUAUUAUGCUAGAAAAUCUAUGAGGUUAUCAGUUGCAUAAUUUAAUGUCACUAUAAAGUGUGUGUACAAGGAAGGAAUUGUUUGUCUAUGUAUCUGUGUGUUUAAGUACUAAGUAAUUUCAGCAAUCUUUUGUUUAGGAAAACGAUUACACUAUAUGUAUGAUAACAUUUUUUUAAUAUAGCAUUUGUAAUAUAAAAUUGUAUAGAAAUUGCACUAAUGAUACACUGUAUUCCGGAAAAACGUCUGUCUUUUCAAUAUUAUAAAAUAUAAAUUUCUAUACAUAGAAA